UUCAAACAGGCAAGGACUCAUUUUUAACUUGGACAGAAAUUAGCAAGCCUCAGUAAUUAGGAGCAUCAGUUUUCAAUUGUAGUAUUUGGUUUGACCAAUUCUUGUAAAUGUGAAAUAAAUACUACUCCAGUACAGUCCAGUUGACUUGGCCCCAUUUCUCUCUCUGCUUCCUCAGGUAAAUCUGACAGAGUGACAGUACACCACACAUCUUAAAUUGUUUCUUCUGUUUUCCUGAUUGACCAGGAAACUUUCUGUACUUUACUAGUUUGGUUUUUUCUCCAAGAUUGGAACUUUUCAUGUGGGAAUAAACUUCCUCAGGUAAGUCUCACAGUACAACCAUACAUCUCAAUCUUGAUUACUUAAGGAUCUAAGCUUUUUUGGCUUUCUUCAAAAUUUGCAAUUUGAUUUCACUUUGAGCUCAGCCUUUAGUGGUCAACAGUGACUAGCUAGCUAAUUUUCCUGUGAUAUUUAGUUUACUAGAAGAUGGGUUCAAUCCAAAAAACUGUUUACUACUGCUCAGUAUCUAAAGGUGGUCAACUUCUUUAUGCAUAUAAUAAUGGUGAAGAUCUUGAGAUUGAGAACUUGGCUGCAUUGUGCUUAGAAAGAAUUCCUCCUUUCCAUAAAUGGUAUUUUCAGACCAUGGCUAAAAAGACUUUUGGGUUUUUGAUAGAAGUUGAUGAGUAUGUGUACUUUGCUAUUGUAGAUGAGGGUCUUGGUCAUGCUGAAGUUUUAAAGUUUCUUGAACAAUUGAAGGAUGAAUUUAGAAAAUUGGCUAACAUGGGUUCUUGUUGGACUAUGUCUAAUCUAAACUCAAUUUGUUUACAAGAAAAAUCAAUUCCUGUUAUUUUACCAUGUCGAAAUGUCAAUGGGGAAAUUGAGGGUAGUGCUUCAACAAAAGUGUUGUUAUUGGGCAAGCCUAGUAGACAAGAAAAGAAGAAAAAGAAGGAUUAUGCAAUUGCUAUUAGAGAUACUGAGUUGGAGGAGCAACAAAAAUCUACAGAGCAAGUUAUUGAUUCAGUAGUUCCUCCAAUUACGUCACAGAAAGAGUUGAGCUUGGUAAGGACCAUAUCAAGAUCUCAAAACUUUCAAAGGAGGUGGUGUCGCCACGUACGCAUUGUCCUUGCAAUUGAUGUUGUGGUAUGUCUUGUGUUGUUUGUGAUUUGGUUAGUUAUUUGUGAAGGUACAAAGUGCCUUCACUAAAGUUGUGCUGCUGAUAGAAACCCUAUCUUCUCUGAAUGCUUGGAGCCAAGGAGGUCAUUGCUCGAACUUUUUGAAGUACUUCAGCACAGUGUUACAUCACAAUAAGCAUUUUCGAAGAAAAUGGAUAAUGAAAUUAACAGAUCAAGCAGUUUUUUUACACUUAUAUCAACUACAAGUUUCAUCAAAGUAUAGUUAAAAACUCAUGUUGUACAGGAAUUACUUUGGAUGGACAGAGUGGGGGAUGCAGUAGAUUACAAGCGAUGUGAGGUUCUUGUUUGUCUAUUAUUGUCCAAGUUAGUUGCAGCUUCACCGUUACUCCUUCUAACUGCCAUAUGAGUGCUUCAUUUAAAUAUUUUAAGUGUUCUUUUCUUUUCUAUUUGGAUUGAGAUGGGUCUAAUUGGAGCAAUGUGGAGCCUAUCCCGACUUGUUUGAGGUUGAGGCAUAGUAAUAGUAGUUGCAGUUUUUUCGUUUCCAUUGCAUCACAUGUAUAUACAAAUGCCUGGUUACACACGCCUAAAGAUAUUUUUGCUACUUUCUAUGUUUCUUCCCCAUCGAUAAUAAGUCUGCUAUAUCCUAUAGCAUUUCUUAUGA